AACUUGGAACGAGAAUUAGCUUCGAUCGGUAAAAUUGCAGACUCGUUCUAUUUUUAGAAGGAAAAAGGGGAAAUGAUAAACUUCAGCUAAGGAACAUUGGAAUGGUUCCACGUCUCGUUCUGCCUUCCAGGGAUAGUGAACACGUGUUGUCUGAUAAGUCCAUCGCAAACCAGAAGACCGAAAAUAAAUCCCAGCCCGAGCACUCCGAUCGCCGAUGGACUCUUUAGGCUGAAAGGAGAGACGACUGAAGAAGACACCAGAGGACCAUCAAGAGGAUCAUCCCGGAAUAUAUAUAGCAAAGGAUUUAUAGACGAUGGCUUCGAAUCUCACUCCGGCUUUCGCCUACACGGUGGUCUACGUUAAGGAUGUCGCGAAAUCCAUAUCUUUCUACUCCAAGGCCUUCGGCUACAGCGUCCGUCGCCUCGACGAGUCUCGCAGGUGGGGCGAGCUAGAGACUGGACAGACUACGAUAGCGUUUACGCCAAUCCAUCAGUACGAGACCGAUGGUCGGACCGGAACGGUUAAGCCGCCGGAAUCGAGCUGUGAGAGGCAGCAGGUCGAGGUUUGCUUCGACUAUCGGGAUGUUGAUGUGGCUUAUAAGAGGGCUGUGGAGAGUGGAGCGGUGCCGGUGAGCCAGCCGGAGAUGAAGGAAUGGGGUCAGAAAGUCGGGUACGUCCGUGAUCUCGACGGGAUCGUGAUUCGGAUGGGAAGCUUUGUUCAACCGCCCAAACAAGACUAGAUUGUACGUUGAUUAUAUGCAUGAUGAUGCCAAUAAUAAAUAACGAUGGCAUGUAAUGUAAUGAAUGUUGUCUCGACAUGCAUAGACUCCAUCCGCGACUCCGCGGGGUUACAACUUAUAAGAGGUCUUUUUUAUUUUUCUAGGUUUUUCUGAUAACUCAAUAAUUAUGGAAGCCAUAUACAUACACGAUAUAGUCAAAUUACAUAGCGAGAAAUUUACUAUAUUCUGGAUUUAA